UUUGAAGCCAUUAUCUAUCCUUGUUCUUUUUUGUUAACUCUUUGUUUCUUUGCCUCUUUGUGUUUUUUAUAUAAUUCCAUAUUGUUUCUGUUAUUAUUUCUAUCUAUCUAUUCUAUCUAUCUGUUACACCAUCUCUUAUUUAAUAAUAUAAACCUACCAUGUCCAUCAGUCCAAUUAUAUCCACAGUUUGUUCUCGAAGUCCUGAAGCACUUCUGUCUUUCACGACAAAUACGGCUACCACGUUAUUACCAUGUUCCAAACGAUCGAAACGUACCGUGACCCAUAAAAUGAGCGCCAAACACCUUCCUCCACUCAAUGAUUUCAUUGCGGCGAUAUUCCGUCGAUCUCAACUUCCACCGUCGGUCUGCCUCGUGUCGUUAAUUUAUCUCCAACGGCUGAAAUCCAGUUUACCGCGUCACGCACGCGGUGACAUUGACACCCCUUACCGCCUCUUCCUUGCCGCCAUCAUGACCGCCUCCAAAUUCAUGUCCGAAACCGGUUCUUGUCUAACAAGUCAGGUCGUGGCGGAAAUGACCGAUCAUGUGUAUACACCCAAAGAUGUCAAUCUCAUGGAACGCAGUUUCCUGGGCUUGAUUAAAUAUGAUCUCUUUGUAAAUAUUGAAGGAAUCAAGGAUUAUCUGGCCAUGCAUGGUGAACUACUCGAAAUGGAUCUGGUUGAGGAGGUUCUGGACCAACAAUAGCCCUUUCAAGAAAAAACUCUAAUGUAUGCACAAUGUGACCAUCCUGUAUUAUACCGUUCUCUUUCUUUAUACACCCAUUCUCUAUUUAAUUUCCCUUCUUCUUCUACAUCAUCGUCCUCUUAUUUCUUGUUCCUUUUUGUUCUUUUUUUCUUUGUGUAGAUAAUUUUUUUUUCUGAUGAGGAGAUCCUAUUUUUCCUUUAUUUUUUUUUCGCCAUGUUACUGGUUGUACAUAUUAAAAUAUACCCAUUUAGAAUCCAAGAUGCUUUUGCAGAAUAAUGCAUCCCUCCAU